CCAAGAUAGAUUUACAACCAGGAAGAAAAGGAGCGGUGAAGAGAGGCGAGGAAAGGCGAGAAAAUAUGAUGUCUGGUCUUCGUAGCAACCGGAAACGUCGGCGCGAUAAGGUUUAAGUUUGGGAGGAGCGGGCGACCUAACGAUCAAUGACUGUGCGCCUGACUAGCGACAUACCUGUUACCUAUGCCCCUGAAAUUCCAGGGCAUCAGGGGGUAUAUAUCACCAGCGCGCCCUAUAUAUGUGCGCCGGGCCAAGGGCAGCUCACUUGUGGAACAACCUCCCGGCCCGUCACGGUAUCAUCAUUUAGAUUCCACCAUCAAUAUCCUGCAAACCCGGCCAAAAUACACGAUACGAUGGCUGCCCUCCAGCUCACAAGGAUACCGGCUUUGUACUGGUUCCAGUUCGCCUGGGUCGACCCGCUGGUGUCAUUCGGAACGACCGUCGCAACCUUGGCCAAGCCCAGCAUCAUCCUGACCGCCUUCUUCCCGACCGCCAUGCAGGCCGCCGCGCCGCUGCCGCCGCUCUACGGCCAGCUGCUGCACCACGUUGCGGCCUGGUACCUGGGCUCGGGCGUGCUGAGCGCGCUGCUGCCGCGCGCCACGCGCGAGCUGCGCGUCUGGCGCGUCGCCCAGGCCUCCACCCUCGCCGUCGACAGUGUCAUGCUGUGGAGCUACUUCACCAGCGUCGCCGCCCAGGGCCGAGCCGACCCGCGCGCCUGGCGCGCCGAGGACUGGGGCAGCCUGGGAAUCGUCGCCUGGGACUGGUGCCUGCGCGUCGCCUUCCUCGCCGGCGUCGGGCUGUCGGGCUGUGUGGUGGACGACGGCCGCGGGGUUAGGAAGAGGGCUUAGGGGAACUGAUAUGAGCUCGUGCGCUUCGUGUCCUUGCGUCUUUCAUCGAUUUGGGGGACGGAACAAAGGAACAAGUCGUUUUUAUAUGCUAAUGGAUAGCUAGUUGUGUCUAUUCUACGUCAAAUCCUAGGAUGACCAUAUUGAUCUCCAC